AUGUCCUCCGUAAUAACUCAGGCCCAAGAAGCACCUAUCGUUGCAGCGGAUACUUCAUGCAAUUAUGAACAAGUCAAUCCUAAAAUCCAGCUUUUUGUUAGAGGUGUCAUCUUCGAACUAUUUCGAAAUGAGCUCUUGUCAUUGCCCGAGUCUGUCUUAAUGUGUCUUUUCCCAAGAGGUUUAAUGCUUGAUUAUGAAAUCCAUGAUUACUUAACGAAUAAUAGACCAUUGAUUUUUCAAACAGCUGAUUUUGAUCCUUCCAUUUUUGGAUACAUAAUCAGUUAUUUCCGAAUGAUGGAUUCGCGUAUUAACGAUGAAAAACAGUUUAUAUCACCACCAGCACCAUCCUUUCCUGGGAAAUGUGGUAUUAUCUUUUUAAAAGAAGACAUUGAAUUUUAUGUCUUGCCUCCUUCAGUACAGCAAUCAAUUGUGGAAGCGAAACCUAUCGAUCUUGCAAGAACGAAACAGAAAGUAGCACAACAGUUACUACAGGAGAAGCGUAUUUUUGAUUGUCUUCGUGUAACCAGCUCGACACCGGAAGAUUCUGCAGAAAAGAAUUUAGUUCGUAUGCUAUGUUAUAGUGGUUUCAACGAAGACGAUGAAUGGAAACUAAGAACGCAGGAACCACAUCGAGCAUGCAUAACGUCCGUUACACUCACGAAUCUGGACUUUUCUGCCGAUAAAGGUCCCGUAUCUGACCCAAAUUAUUUUCCCGUUUUCCAAAAAUUAUUGCUGUUCUGGCAAAAGCCUGCUAGAAAAUGUUGGUGGGAUUCUGCUUUAAAAACAAAUUUUGAUGGAAUUGAUUUUUCUGUAUGGGUGCGACGUGUUUGGACUUUAGAACUUGCUGUACUGGGCUCAACUCAUACUGGGCCAUUGGUUGUAUAA